GCGGAGGAUCGGAGUGGCGGAGACACCAGGGGCCUGCAGCCUCCUGGGCCCAUGGCGCCGCCGCAGCGCUGUGCCCUGUGCCGCCAGACCUUCUUCUGCGGUCGCGGACACGUCUACAGCCGCAAGCACCAGCGGCAGCUGAAGGGGGCUUUGGAGCGGCUCCUGCCUCAGGUGGAGGCCGCCCGCAAGGCCAUCCGCGCCGCUCAGGUGGAGCGUUUCGUGCCGGAGCACGAGCGCUGCUGCUGGUGCUUGUGCUGCGGCUGCGAGGUGCGGAAGCACCUGAGCCACGGGAACCUGACGGUGCUGCACGGCGGGCUGCUGGAGCACCUGGCCAGCCCAGAACACAAGAAAGCGACCAACAAAUUCUGGUGGGAGAACAAGGCUGAGAUGCAAAUGAAAGAGAAAUUCCUGAUCUCUCCCCAGGAGUAUGCACGAUUCAAGAAGUCCAUGGUGAAAGGUUUAGAUUCCUAUGAAGAAAAAGAAGAUGAAGUGAUCAAAGAGAUGGCAGCUCACAUCCGGGAGGUGGAGCGGAGCCGGCAGGAGGUGGUUCGAUCCGUCUUAGAGCCUCAGACAGUACCAGACCCAGAAGAGGGCUCUUCAGUACCUGAGAGCUGGAAAGGAACGAACAGCUCCCAGCAGCCCUCACAUGUGGACCUGCCACCAGCUCCAGAGCUUGCCUGGAUGGAGCCAGAACAGCCUCUGACGUUCAUUGGCCAUCAGGAUAUGCCAGGAGUUGGUAACGUCCACUCAGGGGCCACACCUCCCUGGAUGGUCCAAGAUGAGGACUACAGCUCUGGGAACCAACAAAUAGGCCCUUCCUAUGAAGAAUUUCUUAAAGAAAAGGAGAAACAGAAACUGAAAAAACUGCCCCCAGACAGAGUCGGGGCCAACUUUGACCACAGCUCUAGCACCAGCUCAGGCUGGCUGCCAUCUUUUGGCCGGGUCUGGAAUAAUGGCCGCCGCUGGCAGUCCAGGCAUCAGUUCAAAAGUGAGGCUGCCGCAAAGAAGAAACAACAGUCACAUAAAGAAAAAACCUAAUUGCUCCCCAGCUACCCUGCGGCUCAGAGCAAAGCCAACAAGCCUAUGCUCAAACUAAUUCCUUUUACCAAAUCCUUCUAACUGCCUUUCUCAAGAAACACACAUCCAACCAUUUAAUUUAAUAAAGUUUUAUUUUUUCAAAAUGUACAA